AGAUGCUGGAGAAGAAGCUGCAGGGUCUGACCAUCCAGUUGCAGCACCUCAAGCGACGCGGGCGCGGCCAGGACGGACAGGACGACGUUGAGAUGCAAUUGAGGCGGAAUCAGCAGCUGCGCGACUCCAUCCGAGGCCAGCGGAUAAUCUUCGCCAACACACAGUCCAUAAUCUCCGAGUUUCUGGUAACUGGGCUGGCUAUUGUACCCCAAGGGUGGGGCGUGUAUUGAUAAUGACACUAACGAGAUCUAUGCACUUUGUAGCGAGCUGGGGACCACAGUCGCUACGAGCCGAUCAUUCGACUGGGCACAGAUCCACGAGAUCGAUACAGCACGCUGUUGGCGAUGAAGCAGCAGCGACUGCAGGAGGCGGUCUACUUUCUAGCUGAGCGCUCGCGAUACAUGGCCAUGGACACGGACUUUACCGACCUCCAACGUUUCCAGUCGGACAAUGGGGACGUGUGCUUAGCGCGCUUUGAUAUCAAGCCGCUGCCCAAGGCGCAAAGUGUCAGGCAGGCGUUCGAGGGCGUGCUCAAGUUUUCGUACAAUUUGGAGAUCAGCAUCUCGGACCUUAUCGGCGACAUCACGAUCCGCGAGAAUGACGACGAAGACUGGGAUACUUCAGUGGCCCAGCAUCGCCUUGUGACGACGAUCACUCCAAACGUCAAGGUCGACACGAACAACGUGACCUUCACGCAGUACUGGGGCGACGGCUCGGGGCCUCGCACGGACAGAGCUGUCAGCGAUGAAGUGGGCAUUGCAGUGUGCAACUACGUUCAUGACGAUGCGUUAUACCCGUACCAUGUGAAUGAACGUGUGAGGCAAGAUAUCACUUUCCACGUGAUGGUAGCGAGGUAUCCGCGUCGGCCCAGCGCCACCCCUACCAAUUAUCCUGUCGGUUCUCCCAGUGGUACCGCCAGUGAAUGCGGGUCUGCGGUAAGUGGCAGCAGCGACGGACAGGACGACAUUGUGGUGGCGCUUCGGUGGACCUGCCUGCGACUUCGGAAGCCUCCGUUCCCACUGGACGACGACAUUGCCGCGCACAUCCGCGACGGCAUGGAGCAGGUCGGCCAAGCCAUGUUCACCGCCAUUCGACACUCGGUGAAUGGGAGAUUAACUCCGUUAAUGAGACGGAAUGUGUAGGUAGCUACAUAGCUGCACAGGCGUAUUGCUGUAGAUAAAAAUUCAAAUAAAAUAUCGCUCCAUGUUUUGAGUUGUAAAUUGUGUGGUAAGGUCAAUAUGCGCAGUAAAAAAGGUGGAGGUGCCGUCAUAGAUGAGUACCAACAUCAGUCUCUGCGACUUGCUGGUGCUCGCUGCAUAAGAGUCAAUCAAUCACGCAUGACUCAGAGAAGUUCAGGUUUUCACACUGAUCACCAGCGCUUGAAGUGUACCACGCAAACUGCAGUUGUCCAUUCUCAUUGCAAGAUCACCCUCACCAACAGUCAGAUACAGAUACACGAGCAAUAACUCACGUGACGCAAAUGUCCAGGUCAAGCUCAGCGCAACUACAACUUACAUCAACAUACCUUCUGCGGUGCAGUCAGACGGCAACAAGAGUUUGGUCCGGUUUAGAAAUCCAUUCUCAAAGUAAUCGGGCGUAAUCAAUUCUGCACAGUUAUAGAGCCUCUUUCGGCUCUCUCCAUCUUUCAGUUAUUAAUAUCGAGCACUAUAGUCAAUUACCCAUCGUUUUCUUUGCUACUAAACCGUACACCACCUAACCGUUCCAAUAGCCAGGUCCAGCCUUUCCCAGAAACAUUGCACGAUUGACCGCCUUCAGCCCUCGCGACAUGCUCCGCGCGCCGCCCUUCUCGGACCGCGAGCCCCCCGCGCCCACUUCACCAGCCUCCGCACACGCGCUGCUAUCGCUCAUGCAGUCGGUGGCGCCUCCGCGCGCCUCGGCGCCCUGGAAGGACGACCUGACGACGACGGCAACUGCGGCCUCGUCGCUAACGUCGUCCCCCGCGGGCAAGAGCGACGCCGCGGAAGAAGAAGAGGAGGAAGCAGCUCCACCUAAAGUUAAAGCAAAGACAAAGAGGCAAAAAGCUGCCAAAACUGACGAGAAAGAUACGGAGCCGAAGCCCAAGAAGCAGCGGAAACGCACCUACUACAUGCGCAAAGAGGAGCUGGCCGUGCUCUCCAAGGAGUACGAGAAGUUGCAGAAGGAAAUGCAACAGUACCGGCGGCAAAACGACGCGCUCGAGGAUAGAGAGAGGAUGCGCCGCCGGGAGGAGGAGAACAGGGGGAUCCGCCAAGUUAUUCACUCCCAGAGACUGGCGUUUGCCAACACGCAGUCCAUGAUCGCGCAGUACAUGCGCGUACAAGAGCACAGUCCGUUCGAGACGUUCAUCCAGCUGGGGAAAGACCCCGUGGAGCGCCACGCAACGCUGCUAUCGAUGAAGAAGAAGAAACUGCACGACGCGCUGCAGUUUCUAGUGGCAAGACGGAGAUUCAUGGACCCGUCGACCCCCUUCUCCGACAACCAGAAGUUUGAGAACGCGCACGGAGAUUUUUGCUACAUGGGCUUCGAUGUUACGCCGUUUGCCGGGAUCCGCUCGGCGCGGACAGUUUUUGAUGUGUUGCUGAACUUUUCGUACAAUUUGGAGAUCAGUUUGUCAGAACUGCUGGGAGAUAUCACGAUCAGGGAAAACGACGACCACUGGGACCCUUCUGUCUCGCAGCAGAGGCUGGUUACGAAUGUUGCCAACGUGGCGGAGAUGGAGACAAAUAACGCCAUGUUUAGUGAGUACCAUGAACGAAAUGGUCCUGCAGCGCUAGGGGUUGAGUUGCCGAACGAGUGGGAAGAUCUGGGGGCCACCGGCCAUGGUGACGAGCUUGGCGUACUUGCAAUUGACUUCGUGAACGAGGACGAGCUGUACCCGUACAUUCCAGGGCGGAGGAUCCGACAAGAUGUGACGGUGCUCAUGCUGGUAUCGACCUGUACGAGACCGAAGUCUCGACCCGUAGGAUACGCUGGCCCAAUCGAGAUGGAGCGGGUGGUGAUUCUGACGCGCUGGUCGCUGCUGCGUAUCCGCAAGUCAUCGAUCCAUCUGCCGUUCGAAGCUACACAACGUAUUCGGAAUGGGAUUGAGCAGGUGGGCGAGGCGAUGCUGAACAAUGUGCGCUACGCUUUGACCCCUCGGGACCCAAUCGUGCCGUCUGGAGACUUGCCAACAAGCAUGGCACCUCCAGCAAUGGCGGCGAUGCUGCCCCCGCCACCUAAUUUCGGGAGCCUUCUUCCGCCAAUUAGCCGAAGAUAUUAACCACGUUUAAUGCAAGAAAAAACUCUGGACGAUCGAGUUUUGGUUGAGAGAGAGAGAGCUCAACGAUAACACAAGUCCAUACAGCCCAGAACUCGCGCUACAGUACUAACAUUUCUUUAGGCCGAAGUCUGAGGUCAUGUCGUGCUAUCUUGCUAUACUAUUACUACCGGUACCGUCCUCCAUUAGCUGGGGACAUCCGCAGUGCCGCUAGAGGUUGAUGUGCAUGUACGUCCCAGUCUCCAGGGUUGGCGAACUCCGCGAGCUUUAGUAAGUUUCGCACAAGUCGCAGCUUCCUGGAUGGCGUGAAGCAUCUCGUUGCCCAUGUUAAUGCAGGUUUGGAGCAGGAAGUCCAUGGCACCUGAGGGUGCAUUCCCCUUCUGAUCCGGACGUAGCGUCAGCAACACCCAGCGCGUCAAAAUGAGGCACGGCACGCGCUUGUCGGGGUCGUUGUCUUUGUAUCCGUUUUGACGCCGAGAGCCCCUUGUGAUCGUGAUAACUGCGUUGACAUCCUCCCGUAAGAACUCACUUGGACGAUAAGGGUGCAGUUCAUCUUCAUCCACCGAGUCCAGCACGAGCAUGCCAACCGGGUCAACGCACUUGUCGCUGUGAUCUCUGUCCUCAGCAAAUGUCGGCUUCUGCAGCUCCGAAAAGACCACAAAGCUCGACUCCGUGGGCAUCUCCGGCGAGGUGUCGAUUUGCAGACGUCCAUG